AAUGUUUUUAAACAAAUGGCAAAUAGCUUUAGAUUCUUUUCAAAAUCUCUAAAAAAAUGAUUUUCUUGAAAAUGAUUUUUUUUUAAAAAAAUAUUUUUUUUUAAAAUCUCAAACAAUCAGGCCCUAUAUAUUAGGUCAUGCCAAAUUUGUGGGAAAAUUGGAUUUUAGAUUACAAUUUAUUUAAGAUAGCAUGGUAAUUUGGUAAUGCAUGUAAGAUAAGAAAUUUGAAUAUACAAUUUGGAGUUUACUGCAAAAUUAAUAAUUAUGGGUAAUGUUAUGCGACCUGUGCGAAUACACCGGUCUUUUACUAGUUACUAUAGCAAAGUGGAAUUGUUCAAACCAUUAUUUUCCGUGAUAACUGUCAGUCAAAUACUAACACAUAAGAAAUUAUAGGUUGUUACUACUAGUGACCUUCAUGUGAUUGGGUGAUGCCAACAGAAUCAGUAAAUGUCAUUUGAAUAGUGCCAACAGAUGAAAGAAUGGAGAGGUUAUAUUAUCAUAUAUAUGGUUUUCUUUCUCUGUUGGAUGAUAUCAUGCUUGACAAUCUUAUAUAGAGAUGUGGGGUACUAUUAGGAUUCAAAUUUAUAUAGUUGAGUUUGGGUGAUAUAUAUAGGCCGGCCGCUUUUAAUAAUACAGUAGCAUAAUAAAUAAAUAUUUUCAAAAAGAUAAGCUAGAAAUUUUGACAUGGUUCAAUCUUUGAAGAACUUCCAAGUCAAAGAAAUUUUAGUAUAAACUUUCAAUUUGACUAUAAAUAUAUAUUUCAUGCAAUAAACUUUUUAACACUUCUUACCAUCAUGAGGUUGUUUCUUCUGUAUUUUCAUAUUUUGCUCUUCCAUUUCCCAUCCUUAUCUUCAUCUUCUUCUAAUUUGUUAUGUCAUCCUGAAGAUAGCUAUGCCUUGCUUCAAUUCAAGUCCUCCUUCACUAUAUAUAAAACCAGGUAUGCUUGUAAGGAACAACCUCAGAAAACAGCAACAUGGAAAAAUGGGACAAGUUGUUGCUCAUGGCAUGGUGUCACAUGUGACAGUGUCUCUGGUCAUGUGAUUGGUCUCAACCUUGGCUGUGAAAGUCUUCAAGGUAAUAUUUCUCCUAAUCACUCAACCCUUUUUCGUCUUUCUCACCUCCAAUCACUCAACCUUUCUUACAAUGAUUUCUCUGGCACCAAUUUUCAUUCUCAGUUUAGUGGAUUCAAAAGUCUUAGACAUCUGGACUUGUCUUCAAGUAACUUUCAAGGUGAAAUUCCUCCUCAAAUCUCACACCUUUCCAAAUUAACGUCACUUCAUCUUUCUAAAAAUGAUGAGUUAAUUUGGAAAGAAUCUACUUUGAAAAGCCUUGUGCAAAAUGCAACAGUUUUAGAAGAUUUAUUUUUGGAUGAAACAAAUAUGUCUUCAAUCAAUCCAAACUUGUUGAAUUUGAUCUUCAAUCAAUCAUCCUCUUUGAUUAGUCUUAGUCUUCAAAGAACACGAUUACAUGGAAAUUGGAAAAAUAACAUUCUUUGUUUACCAAGUAUUCAAGAGUUAGAUAUGUCAAUAAAUAACCUUCAAGGCCACCUUCCAAAUUUGAGUUGUAGCACUUCUCUUAGAAUCUUGGAUCUUUCAUAUUGUUUGUUCACAGGGCCAAUUCCUCUUUCUUUCUCUAACCUCACAUAUCUUACUUCCUUAAGUCUCAUUGAGAACAUCCUUAAGGGUUCGAUCCCAUCCUCACUUUUAACCCAUCCAAGUCUAACUAUUUUGUCUCUUAGAGAUAAUUUAUUGAUAAGUGGUCAAAUUCCAAAUGUAUUUCUCCAAUCAAACAGAUUUCAAGAAUUAGAUUUGAGCAGUAACCAAAUUGUAGGUGUGUUGCCAACAUCACUUUCAAACCUUCAAUAUCUCAUUAAGUUGGACCUUUCAUCGAAUUCACUUAGUGGUCAAAUUCCAAAUGUGUUUGACGGAUUAACCAAAUUACAAGAACUCGAUCUAUAUUAUAAUAGAUUAGAAGGACAAAUCCCACCUUCAUUGUUUAGCUUGUCUCAACUUGAUUACUUAGAUUGUUCUCAUAAUAAAUUGAAGGGUCUUCUACCCAACAAAAUAACAGGUUUCCAAAAAUUAGGUUCAUUAGUAUUAAAUAACAACUUACUAAGUGGAAAAUUUCCUUCAUGGUGUUUAUCUUUACCAUCUUUGAGUUUGUUGGAUCUAUCAACUAAUCAAUUUACAGGAUAUAUAAGUGCAUUUUCAUCAUAUUCUUUGUGGUAUCUAAACCUAUGCAACAACAAACUACAAGGCAAUAUUCCAGAAUCUAUUUUCAAUCUUGCGAACCUAACUGUACUAUGUCUAUCAUCAAACAACUUGAGUAGUGUUGUCAAUUUUCAACACUUCUCCAAACUUCAAAAAUUGUUUUCACUGUCCCUUUCACACAAUAGUCAAUUAUCACUAAACUUUGAAUCCAAUGUCAAUUACAAUUUCUCUAUCUUAUCAAAAUUGGAAUUGUCUUCUGUCGGUUUGAUUGGUUUUUCAAAAUUAUCAUCAGGAAAAUUCCCUCGUUUGAGAUAUCUUGAUUUGUCCAAUAACAAACUUUUUGGAAGCGUGCCUAAUUGGUUGCUUGAAAUUGAUUCAUUACAAUUGUUAGGGCUCUCUCAUAACCUGUUCACAUCAAUGGACGAAUUUUCAAGGAAUCACUGGCAAAACCUAUAUAGCCUUGAUCUUAGUUUUAACUUACUAGCUGGUGACAUAUUUUUGUCAAUUUGCAAUAAAAGUUCCCUUGUAUUGCUCAAUUUGGCACACAACAAAUUGACAGGUACCAUUCCACAAUGUCUUGCUAAUUUAUCAUUCCUUGUAGUUUUAGAUCUACAAAUGAACAAAUUUUAUGGCACUAUACCAAGUAACUUUUCACAGGACUGCCACCUUCGUACUCUGAAUCUAAAUGGCAACCUAUUAGAAGGCGAUUUGCCUAAAUCUUUGUUGAACUGUGAGCAGCUAGAGGCUUUAAAUCUUGGUAGCAACAAAAUAGAAGACCAUUUUCCAUAUUGGAUUCAAACAAUGCAAUAUUUGGAAGUAUUGGUUUUGCGAGAGAAUAAGUUGUAUGGUCCCGUUGCUAAUAUAAAUAUCAAGGAUCCGUUUCCUAGUUUAAGUAUUUUUGAUAUUUCAAGCAAUAACUUCAGUGGCCCUUUACCAAAAGCCUACAUACAAAAUUUUGGAUAUUUCAUGAAAAAUAUUAUUCAAUUUGGAGAACAAAGCUCGCAAUACAUCGAAAAGAUGGAAGAAGGUGGCAUGACAUACUAUGAUUCUGUGAGUAUGACAAUGAAAGGAAACAACAUUGUGAUGGUGAAAAUUUCAAUAGCCUUUGCGAACAUUGAUCUAUCUCAAAACAAUUUUGAAGGAGAGAUUCCAAAUUUUAUUGGAGAGCUUCAGGCACUCAAAGGGCUUAACCUUUCCCAUAACAGACUCACCGGUCCUAUCCCUCAAUCCAUAGGAAACUUGUCAAGCAUGGAGUCAUUGGAUCUUUCCUCAAAUAUACUCACCGGAGUGAUUCCUGCAGAGUUAACCAAUCUGAACAGUCUUGAAGUCUUGAAUCUUUCCUAUAACCAUCUAAUUGGAGACAUACCUCAAGGUAAGCAGUUCAAUACAUUUUCAAAUGAUUCCUAUGAAGGAAACAUAGGAUUAUGUGGAUUUCCCUUGUCAAAGAAAUGUAGAAUUGAACAACAUUCUCCACCUUCAGCCAGCAACUUUAGGAGCGAAGAGAAAUUUGAAUUUGGAUGGAAACCAGUGGCAAUUGGAUAUGGAUGUGGAUUUGUGAUUGGAAUAGGCCUUGGUUAUGUUGUGUUUUUAAUUGGAAAGCCAAGAUGGCUUGUGAUGUUAUUUGGUGGUCAGCCUAAGAGAAGAGUGAACAGGAGGAGGACUGGAGUGAGGAGGACUAGUGGUUCAACCAUGAACCAGAUGGUGCCAAUGUCCUAGUUUUAUUGUUGUGAUUAUUUCCUGUAAUUUUGAUCUAUUUAGUUUCAAUUCAGGUUGUAAUUUUGUAAAGUGAAUGUAUUGUGCUACAACAUGAGUUGUAAGAAGCCAAUGAUGCAUAAUUGUUC